CAGCAGUGCUGAUCUCUAGUACUUUGACAAAACCAAACCCAUCACAAACAAAAUGUUUAAAUUGUUCAUUUUCGCGUGCUUCCUGGCCUUCGCCGCCGCUAAGCCCGGUGCUCUGAUCGCGCCUGUAGCGUACACCGCUGCCUACACCGCUCCUGUGGCCGCCGCGUACACCGCGCCCGUCGCCUACUCCGCCCCACUGGCGUACUCCGCCUACACCGCCCCAGUUGCUGCGUACUCGGCUUACAGCUAUGCGUCGCCCUACUCUGCCUAUUAUUUACGCCGUUGAUUUCCGAUGAAUGA